CCUCUCUCUCUCUCUCUGCACUUCACUAAUCACUAGGGUUUUAAAACCUCUCACUCUCAGGUACUCUCUCUUCCUCUCUGGAUCUACACAAGUUAUUACUUAAUUGCAGCAAAAUCUGAUUGAACAAUGAUCACACUUCGUCUAAUUAGGCCAUAUAGUUUGUCAAGCAGGAGCUGAAAAAAAUGGGUUAUUUGUAGAUUUUUGUUUGCCAAUUAAAGUAGAGAACGUAGGAGUUUAAAACUUUCCAAAUGAGCUUGAUUUCAAGAUUAAGGCAUUGUUUACCCAAUGGGUUUUCUACAAAACCCACGAUCUCUCCUUUAAUGCCAUUGAAUUUCAAUGCUGUGCUAUCUCGGGGUUUUGCCGAAGCUGCUAGGAAAGUUGAGGCGGAAGAGGAAGAAGAGGUGGAAAUUGAUCAGAGGAGGCUCCCAACUGAUUAUGAUCCGGCUACUUUUGAUCCUGCAGAGCAUCGGAGUCCUCCAACAGAGCGUGUUUUCAAGCUUGUUGAGGAGAUUGAGGGGCUUACGUUGAUGGAAAUUUCUGAACUGGGAACCAUUAUAAUGAAAAGGAUGAAAAUGACAGAACCGCCAACUAUUGGGGUUUUGAAGGGUGGUGCUGCUGGAUUAGCUGGAAUGGCAAUGAAGGCACCAGCUGCUGCUGCUGCUAAAGAAGAGAAGAAAGCUGAGAAGACUGUUUUUGAAUUGAAAUUGGAGUCCUUUGAAGCAGCUUCAAAGAUUAAGGUAAUUAAGGAGGUUAGGAGUUUUACUGAUUUGGGCCUUAAGGAAGCGAAGGACUUGGUGGAGAAGACACCAUCAGUGUUGAAAAAAGGAGUAUCGAAGGAAGAAGGUGAGCAAAUAAUUGAGAAGAUGAAAGCUAUUGGGGCCAAAGUCGUGCUGGAAUGAAUGGAAGCCAUGUGUUUACCUUCAGGAAUUUUCUAAAUCCAGUUACUAUUUACUUCAGAAACUUCCAUUUCUCAUGUUUACCGAAUUUCAAUUGAGGAUUUGUUGGCCCUCACUCCCUUACAGAGUCCAUCCACAAGCGCUUGAAGUUUGACAUUUUUAUAUACAAUGCUGGAUAGGUGUGUGACUCAAUAGUUUUUUUUUUAUGGAGGAUAAUCUUAACUGUGUGGCUUCAAAUGUUCUUUAAUUCCAUUUUCUUCCUCAA